CUUCCUGGUGUAUUACAUAUCUCUGUAAAAAAGGUAAGGUUGUAUAAAUGUUUGGAUCAAUGACUACAGAAUUUUACGUCAACAUUCCUGAAAGUGAUAUUAUGUUAGUAUAUAUUCAUGAUGAGAUGAUGAUCAGUUUGUAAUGGAAAAUUUGAAUCAACCACCUCUCAGUCACCGAUCAAUGAAGUAUCCAAAUAUGUGUAUAACUCAGUCGCGUUUCAUGACGUUCAGCUCAUGGACAAAUAUAAAUACAGCUGAUGUAGAGUCUUUGGUUGGUGCUGGUUUCUUUUAUACAGGUAACGAGGAUCAUGUGCGUUGUUUUGACUGUGGCAUUGGUCUUCGAAGCUGGGAACCCGAGGAUGAUCCUAUGGUUGAACAUGCAAGAUGGUCUCCAACAUGUAAAUUUGUCAUCGAAAAUAAAGGUCAAGAAUUCAUAGAUGCUGUACAAACUGCUGUUCGACAACUGGAAGCAGAAAACCUGAUUGGUCAUUCUGAAUCUGAAUUCAACACAACCAUAUUAAAUCCAGACGAUGCAGAAAACAAGAAUAUUAUAAGCCAGUCUGUUAUAGAAAAAGACGUUCUACCAUGUGGACGACCUCCUACUGCAGCAGAAAGGAAGAAUCCAUUACUUACAAAUGCAGCACAAGCGCUGAUAGAAUAUCGUUAUUUACCUAAAACUGUUAAAACUGCAAUCGAUAUUGUAUUGCAAGAAAAGGGAUGGCAAGAAUUGACUUCUUCAAACUUAUUGCGUACUAUUUUCAAUCUUUCAAAUAAUGGACAGUUAAACGAUUGUGAUACUAUGCAACCCUUUCUUCAAGACAAAAUACUUAUGAACAAAAAGCGGGGACUUGAGCCAAUAUUAGACAUAAAACAAAAGAUACUCCAUGAAAACAGAGAGAUGAAAGAAAGAAUGUUAUGUAAAAUAUGUUGUGAAAACAUUGUGUGUAUUGCCUUUUUACCUUGUGGUCACCUGAUAAGCUGUUCCCAGUGUGCACCAUCUCUUGGAAACUGCCCGGUUUGUAGGACGGAGGUCAAAGGUUCUUUUAGAGCCACCUUUGCAGUUUGAAUAUUUUACAUACAUCUCAUUAAUACCGUUUCAUGUGAUACAAUUCUUUCAAUCUCAAAAGGACAAUGGAUUAAACUUUAAAACAUAUACGUACAUUUAUUACUAAAAUCGAAUAUCUUUUGUUAACUGAAUAUAUUAUGUAAACAAGUUCGACUAAUACAAUCGUGAUUUAUUUAUUUUAUUUCUACAAAUGUUUUUAAAUAUUUAAUAUUAUUAUAUGCUUUUGUGCAAAUGAACAACGGCAUUAAAAUAUUUCCAAAGCAA